AUGGAAUCGAAUAAUCAAGAAGGUCGAAUACUUUUAGCUAUCGAAGCUAUCAAUAAAGACCAAAAAUUAAGCAUUCGGAAGACUGCUAAGCUAUAUAAUAUCCCGUGUACAAAGAUUCAGCGCAGAAUAGACGGUACUACCCCUUGUAUCGAAUCUCGAGCAAAUAGUCAUAAUUUGACCAAAUUAGAAGAGGAAGUGCUUAUCCAGUAUAUAAUCGAUAUGGAUGAGAGAGGAUUGGUAUCGAAUAUGCAAGCGAAAUAUGGUAUUGUCGAUUCUGAUUUCUACAAUUUCGACGAAACCGGCUUCAUGAUGGGUAUAAUAUGCUCUGGAAUGAUUGUAAUUAGUGCUGAACGAAAUGGUAGAAGCAAGGCAAUACAAUUAGGCAAUCGAGAGUGGGCUACAGCAAUUAUAUGUGGCAAUAGAGAGAGUGAAACUAUACCUCCAUUUCUGGUAGUUCAAGGACAAGUUCAUCUUUUCAAUUGGUAUACCGAAACCGAUUUUCCUGCGGAUUGGGCUAUUAAACCUACUUCCAAUAGAUAG